AUGGCGAAGAGAAAAGUUGAUUCUGAAAACAGAGCAUUUCAAAACCGAUGGGAGGCUGAGUACAUGUUUACUGACAUUGCUGGUAAACCUGUGUGUCUCGUUUGUGGAGCUAAUGUGGCUGUAAUUAAGGAAUUUAAUAUACGGCGGCACUACGAGACAAAACAUCAGGAGCUGCAAAACCUGAAUGCAGAGGAGAAGAUACAGAGAGUAAAAGAGUUAAAGAAGAAUCUGAGAUUUCAGCAGACGUUUUUCACCAGAGCGAAAUCCCAAAGUGAAGCUGCUGUGAAAGCAAGUUUUAUCGUGGCACAGGAGAUAGCCAAAUCAGCCCGUCCAUUUACCGAGGGAGAGUUUCUGAAGAGCUGCAUGAUGAAGGUGUGCGAUGUCUUGUGUCCAGAAAAUAAGCAGAUGUUUGCAAAUGUAAGCCUGAGUAGAAAUACGGUUGCUGAUCGGAUUUGUGAGAUGGCCACUGAUUUAAAAACACAGUUGAGUGAGAGAAGCAAAGACUUUACUGCAUUUUCUCUUGCUGUUGAUGAAAGUACCGACAUGACGGACACUGCACAGCUGGCCAUUUUCAUCCGUGAAGUGGACUCCAGUUUGUGUGUUACAGAGGAAAUAUUGGACAUUAAAUCGAUGCAUGGAACAACGACAGGAAAAGACAUUUUUGAAAACGUAUGUCAAAGCAUAACUGACAUGAAACUGCCCUGGGACAAACUUAUUGGACUUACAACAGACGGAGCACCGGCGAUGUGCAGUGAAAAAGUUGGACUGGUGGGAAGGAUGCGAGCAAAGAUGCAGGAGGAGAACUGUACUGGUGAGCUAACAGCGUAUCACUGCAUCAUACACCAGGAAAUGCUGUGUUGUAAAGUCCUAAAAAUGGAGCAUGUAAUGAACACUGUAACGCAAACCGUAAACUUUAUCCGAGCUAAAGGUUUAAAUCACUGGCAAUUUCAGUCUUUUAUGCGGGAAAUAGAUUCAGAGUUUGCCGACAUUCCUUAUCAUACAGAGGUGCGCUGGCUGAGUCGGGGAAAAGUUCUCAAUAGAGUUUUUGAGCUCAGCAAGGAAAUCUGUCAGUUCAUGGACAGUAAAGGAAAAGACACCACAGUUUUGCGGGACGAAAAGUGGAAAUGUGAGCUGGCGUUUCUGGCUGACGUAACAGCUCAUCUCAACGUCUUGAACCUUCAUCUCCAGGGACGUGACCGCAUAAUCACUGACAUGUACGAUACGGUGAAGGCAUUUAAAGUGAAGCUGCUCUUAUGGGAGACACAAAUGCGCCAGUCCAACUUGCCUCACUUCCCCUGUUGCCAAGUAAUGUUUAACCAAGUCGGCGCAACGGUGUUCCCAAAUACGCACUUUGCUGACAAACUGAGCGCACUACGCACUGAGUUCGCGCGGCGCUUUGGUGACUUUCGCAACCCGUUUGCCGUCGACGUGGAAACUGCUCCUGUACAGAUUCAGAUGGAGCUGAUUGAGCUGCAGUGUAAUGGGACACUAAAGGCGAAGUACGACACUGCAGGGCCCGCACAAUUUAUUCGCUCAAUUCCUGAAACAAUGCCCCAGCUCCGUCUGCAUGCUGCUCAAACCUUGUGCAUGUUUGGUAGCACAUAUCUGUGUGAGAAGCUGUUCUCAGUGAUGAAGAUGAACAAAACAGCACACAGGAGUCGUCUCACUGACGGACACCUGCAGUCCAUCCUGAGGAUCUCCACAGCACAGGAACUCACACCAAACCUAAACGAUCUUACUGCCAAAAAAAGAUGCCAAACAUCCUGCUCUGACAAAAUGGCAUAA